UAGAAUUUCACAAAAAGAUUGAAUCACAAAAUUUUAUUAUACACAAUUAUAUUUUGCUUUACUUCAAGACACUGUUUUCACUAGUUGAACUCACUGCCUCUUGUCACAUUACUAUCAACUUUGCAAAUUACAAGUUACUCCUCUUCCUCACAAGGGAGAGAGAAGAAUUCUGUGAUAAUUCGAAGAAGCCCUUGCAGUUUCUUAAUUUCCAUACUUGCCCCGGUCCAAUAAGGGUUUUUGAAGGGGUUUCCAAUUUACAUCGUCAUUUUCAUCAGUGUGCAGAGCCAGAUUCAUUACUCAGUGGAAAUCUCAAGAUGAUGCGAUUAACUGAAAUCGCAAAAUCCAAACCGUUAAUCGAAACCCUAAGCCAUCAAUUCACACAAAAGUGCUUCGUCAGUCGAACAGCAAAGGGUAAAGGCAAACUCAAAGCAGGACAGCCACUGAAAAGAUCAAAAGUUUCAACGAAGAAAGGCCAAGAAGUUGCCCAAAAAGAACCACCAAGAAGGAAAAGCGAAUUCGAAGAAAUGGUUGAAGAAUGUCUAUCGGCUACUGCUCCAUUAAGAUCAUUGAAACCCAAAGAAAAAGCACGUGAAGCCGAAAGAGAGAAAAUGGGAUUAAUUAGCAAAGCUAGAGAAGAAGAGCUUCAAAAAAUGAAGAAAAUGAACAAGGAAUUUGCGAAUCCAUGGCCAAUUGGGCCACCGGGUUUGGACUUGAUUUCGUUAGGGCUUGUUGAUGUGGAGAAGCUUCCGAAGUACGAGUUGACAGUUGAAGAUGGAAGGAGGCUUGCGAAAGCGUAUAGUAGGGUUUUAAUGAGGAAGCAUAGGCAAAGACAGGCGGCUGAGACGACGUUGUUGAGGUUGAAGAAAGAGGCGAUUGAGGCAUUGCCGGAGAAUUUGAAAACUGCUGCAUUGGUUCCUGAUUAUACGCCGUUUCCUGUGAAUCGAUUUAUGGCUACUUUGACGCCGCCUAUUGAAGGUUAUCUUGACAAGGUUAUGGAGGCAGCUAAGAAGAGUUCUGCUAAGGAGAAGCUUAGAUGAUUGGAGGUUGGAAGCGUUUUUUUUUUUGGAUAUUGCAAGGUUUGGUGGCGAUCUUGUGGUAUUAGGAAUCUAUUAUUUAGCAGCAAGAGGGCACUGGAAAACAAGAAGUUGAAUAAGCUUUGUAUAAACACAGAGACAAAAAAGCCUUGCUAUAAUUCAAUUUGUUUUGGUUAAACUGCAGGGUUUUUUUUUGCCGUCGUGGUAUGCUAUUUGUCUUGCUACGCCACAACAUACUUGGUGUCCCUUGCACUAGGUUUAUAUGAGUUCGUAUCUCUUGAUCAGUUUGCUUCACUUCUGGAAAACAAGAAUCAGUUUUUUCCCUUUCAA